AGCGGUUCUGAGGUGCAAGUCGAAGGGUAGUUGAUUCCGGAGCUUCCACAUAGAGCUGCGUGGUCGAACUUGCUAGACCACCAAGGCCGAUGACCAUGGCCUACGUAGGUAUACGCAUAGUCACAGCUGUUCUCGUGGUCACGGCCAGUUGGUCAUCCGCGUUACCUGCUUCCAGCGAGACGACGCAAAUAGAUUACACAGGGCACCGGCUCGUAUCUGUGACACCCAUUACGGCAGCCCAAGUAAGCCUGUUAUCGACCUUGGCGGACAAACUACAGCUCGACGUUUGGCAAGAGGCCACCAACGUCAACGUGUCGGCGCUUCUUCGACUGCGACCCGAAGUGGCCGCCGAGUUCGAGGCCAGCGUCACGCGAACGGGUCUUCGCGUGACGACAAGAAGCUCGAACCUGCAAGAGGUGAUCGAGAAUGAGCGACGGGAGAUGCGAUUCACGACCUACUCGACGACUCCGCUGCGCUUCGAGAGGUACUUGAAGUAUUCCGAGUUUAGUAACGCCUUGAAGCAGUACGCAAGGAAGUACGACCAUGUGACCUACUGGUCCAUUGGAAGGUCGUACGAAGGAAGGAACAUCAUCGCUGCUCACAUCAAGACCAAAGAAAAUUUGCCCAUCGUGUUUCUGGAGUGCGGUAUUCACGCCAGGGAGUGGAUUGCUCCCUCCGCUUGCCUCUACAUCAUCGAUCAGUUGGCGACGCAGUAUGACAAGGACGACGGCAUCCGCCAGCUGCUGUCCAGGUACGAGUGGCGCAUCCACCCGAUCGUCAACCCUGACGGCUACGAGUACACGCACAACACCGACCGGCUCUGGAGGAAGACUCGCUCCAAGAGCCGCUUCUCGAACAAGUGCCUAGGCGCGGAUGCCAACCGAAACUUCGACAUCGGAAGCUUCUGCAGUUCCAAACACGUUUAUGGUGGCGGUCUCGACGUUCAACCCCACUACGUAGUUAGGCUCUUAUAUCAAGUUCUUUCGAAAGGAACCCGCGCCAGCAGCAAUCCCUGCCAGGAGACCUACUGUGGCGACUACGCCUUCUCGGAACCUGAGUCCCGGGCCGUUCGGGACGCUCUGUGGGCCACCCGGGGUCGCACCGAGUUCUACUUCUCUGUUCAUAGCUUUGGUCAGCUCUGGAUGUUCCCUUAUGCCUACAGCGGCGACCCCGUUCCAGAGUACAACCAGCUGAUGAACAUCUCACUAAGGGCGAAGGAAGCUAUCAAAAGAGUUCAGGGCACAGUAUACACGGUUGGACCAGUUGCAAAGACGAUAUACCAAGUAUCCGGGAGCAGCGUGGACUGGGCCUACGAGAAGAUGGGCAUCACGAAGUCCUUCGCCCUGGAACUUCAGCCGUCCUGGUUCAGGUUCGAGGGGAACCUGGGUUUCCUGCUCCCGGCGAAGGACAUCUUCCCCACCGUUAGGGAGACGUGGGAAGGGAUCAGGGCGGCUAUCGCCCUGAAGGAUGCCGUCCAAGAGUACGCCAAGCAGUACGACCACGUGACGUACACGACCAUUGGCAAAUCCUACGAAGGCAGGGACCUCGUUGCUGUCCACAUCAAGGCCAAAGCAAAUUCGCCCAUAGUUUUCAUGCAGUGCGGAAUCCACGCAAGGGAAUGGAUCUCACACGCCACCUGCCUGUACAUCAUUGAUCAGCUGGCGACCCGCUACGAAAAGGACGAAGAAAUCCGCCGCCUGGUGUCCGCGUACGAGUGGCGUAUCCACCCGGUGGUCAAUCCUGACGGCUACGACUACACGCACACCAAGGACCGGUACUGGAGGAAAACCCGCUCCAAGAACGGCGCCUCGGAGGAGUGUCUGGGAGCCGACGCAAACCGAAACUUUGACACCAGCGAGUUUUGUCGCACGUUUGAUGGCCAGCCGUCUCCCUCGGACCCCUGCUCGCUCACCUACUGUGGCGACAGUGCCUUCUCGGAAGUCGAGACCCGCGCCAUUCGGGACGCCGUGAUGGCGACCCGGAACCGCACCGAGUUCUUCUUCGACGUGCACAGCUACGGCACGAUGUGGAUGUUCCCCCACGGUUACACCAACGCCCUAGUUCCCGAAUACGACCAACUGCUCAACAUUUCGCGAAGAGCCGCAGAAGCCAUCAAGAAAGUCAAGGGUUCUGUCUACAGGGUUGGAGCGAUGCACGAGACGAUAUAUCCAAUGUCCGGAGGCAGCUCUGACUGGGCAUACGACAAGGCCGGCGUGAAGAAGUCUUUCACCAUCGAACUGCAGCCUGCGUAUGCCAUAUUUGACGCUGACUUCGGAUUCCUGCACCCGAGCAAGGACAUCGUCUCUACCGCCACCGAAGCAUGGGAGGGCAUCAAGGCGGCAGUCUCCACCUAGAGCCGUCGGCACCAU